CGACGACGUCCCAAUCUUGACAGGGCAUUUUUGUCCACGGAAGCCUUUUAGGGUUUUACUCCGAGGUAGAUAUAAAAAACACCUCCUAAGUUCGCCACUCUGCCCUUCCGCAUCUCUCAACGGUUGCAGUCUCGUCUCCCGCGGGUUCUUUUUAUAGCUUUUUUUCACGUAAUCAGAACAGCGCCCAAGAUGCAGAACGAGGAAGGUCAAAACAUGGAUCUCUACAUCCCCAGGAAGUGUUCCGCCACAAAUAGGCUAAUCACUUCCAAGGAUCACGCAUCUGUUCAGAUCAACGUUGGACACCUAGAUGCUGAUGGCAUUUACACUGGCCAAUUCUCCACUUUUGCUCUCUGUGGCUUUGUUCGUGCCCAGGGUGAUGCUGACAGUGCCCUUGACAGGCUUUGGCAAAAGAAAAGGGUUGAAGUUCGACAACAAUAGGAACCAUGAGAGCAGGUUGUUUGUGUGUCUUCUUGAGCAGUUCUCUCAUCCUGCAAGGGGAGGAAUUGUUAUAGGGAUUACUGAUUUGUUCUAGUUUAGUUUUGUGGACCAUGUUAAAAUUUGAUGUUGUUUUGGCCAAAUUAUCCAGAGUACUUGGUUUCCUUGUGUGUUGUGGACCUAGAUCUCUGCUUUUAUUAUAGCUUUGGAUGACCUUGGCAAGUUUUCAGUUUCUGACAUUUGAGGUCUUCUAUUACGUUCAGAUCUUCUACAUGUAUGUUAUGAUCCUUCUAUGAAUUUUGACAUGGCAUGCCUCUUAUGAGAUAGGGGAAGCAAUGUAUCUUUGUUGAAAA